CAAGAAUGCCAUCAUCAUCAACAAUAAUAAAGCAGUACUUUCUAUUCAUCCUACCUCGAAUUAAGAUUUUUAAGUUUACCAUAAGUCGAAUGCGGAUCCCGAAACUAAAAAUGGUACUGUGACGUGAAAAUUGCAAUUUUUAAUCAGUUUAUCGAUGGUACUAGCGUAAAAUAGUGCGCGAAGUGCAUUAGAUAAGUGUUGUAACCUAACGGUACCGCCUUUUAGAUCGGUUGUACCUUGUGCGUAAGAAUAGUGCCAUCAGAAAUGUGACAUGGUUUUCCCCGGUUGUGAAACAGAGAUAACACCAUCAGAAUCGUACACAAACUAGAUACACAGUUUUCCUGAGUCAACCAACUAACGCUAGGAAACCUUUUUAAUUUUAAUACCAAUAUCGGGGACGUUAUGAUGAUCAGAAUUAAUGAUGAUCGAUAGAAAAACACUGAAGAAUAAGUAGAUCUAACGAAAAGUUCGAAAACGUUAUCUUGAAAGAUAAAAACCCAACAGCCGCAUUUUCGAUAUGAGACUCAAAAUAUGUCUGUCGAUCACUUGAGGCACUGUCACAUUAUACUUUAAAAGUUUUUGUGAGAAGAAGGCGCACAAAUCUAAAAUAAAAUCAGAAAGACCCACAUGAUUCAGCAUAAAGAAACAUAGAUACCACAAUGAAAAGGAUACAGAUGAACAGCAUCUUGAGCGCGUUAGUGAUAGUUGUAACAGUGACAACUGCAUAUAGCGAGAACACUAUAUUGACAGUGGAAGGGAUAAGUGCAAAAAAUGACGUAGAUGGAACAAAAACAUGUGAGUUUGGUCUUACGAAAGAAGGGAAAUGUAACGCAACAACUAUUGAUCAAACCAAUGAUGUUAAAAAAGGUUUGGAAGAUAAAAAAAUUGACCACAAGCAAGGCAAAGCCUUGAAUUUCUCAACGCAUAUCAACUCGGAUGACCACAACAUUAUAUACACGACAACCUCAGAGAAAAAUAGUUUGGCCCACCACAAUAUCGAAGAUAUCGAUUUGAGUGACGUCAGCAUAGAUGAAGAUGAUGCUAAUGAAGAUACUGAAGCUUUUCAUUCAAAAAUCUUGGCUCCCAAAACGGCUUUUAGUAAUGGAUCCACACAUCUGAUAAGAGGUAUAUGUGAAAAGGGAGGAUUGACCUACGAAAAUGGAGAAAAAUUGGAAAUAGGCUGCGACUCGAUCUGCACAUGUGAACAUGGGAAAAUGGACUGCAAGGAUCGUUGUACAAAACCUUAUGUGAGAAAAGGAACAAAAAAGUAUCUUGAUAGCUUUUGUUCCGUUAAAGAUGUUGAGGAUCAAUGUUGUCAGAUAUUGAUUUGUGCGGAUACAGAGACAGAACCCUUGGAGACCUGUUCUCACGGUAACACAACCUAUAACAGAGGUGACACCAUUAAAAAAGACUGUACUGAAGUAUGUACUUGCACUGCUGGUGGAAAAGUUCAUUGUAAGCAAAGGUGUCCAGAGCAAGUUAAAACAUCAGACAGAUGUUUAGAAUUAGAAGAUCCCUCAGAUUCUUGUUGCAAACGAUUAUUCUGCGAUGUUGAAGGCAACGAAGAAUCAUUCAACACUAAUGAAGGUAGCAACGGUGAGGAAGAAAUGAAGUUGCAUAAAAAUAAGAUGAAGAUCAUAAGCGCAAGAUACCUUAAUUCAAGCACGAUACUUGUUAAGUUGGAAAACUUGGAGCAGAGCGAUAAAGGUGAAGAAAUCGGGGAUAUCAACCAAAAUGGCCACGAAGAGGAGCAUUUCCACACUGCAAAAGACAAUAUCAUAAUCGAUGUCAGCGAUGAUAAGAAAGAGUGGAUUAGUUAUAGAUUAUCUCCAGGCGGUUACUUAUUUGUAAAAAGCGCUGGGAAAUAUCUAAGGCUCGAUGGAAGCGAUGAUACUGUCGAAAUCGAGAACAAUAGCUUGGGAAAUAAGUACUCAAAGGCAAAUACAAAGGGCUGCAGUUACAAAGGGAAGAGUUUCAAAUUUGGAGAGGAAUACAAUGAUGAAUGUACCUCCUUGUGCUUAUGCCAAGAAACGGGAAUGAAGUGUAUGAAACUUCAAUGCCCCACAUACUUUGGAAUCGAUGUACUGGACCCAAACUGUGUUCAGUGGGAAACAAUCCCGAAGAACUUCGCAGCGAAACCGCCUGUUUGCUGCCCAGAGAGCAUCAAAUGCGUAAAUAACGGAUCAUGCGAAUACAAAGGACAGAAUUUUAAGAAUUGGGAUGAAUUACCUUCGAAUGUCACUGGAUGUGACAAACGAUGUUACUGCGAAAUGGGCAAAGUAGAAUGUCACGACAUAUGUCCUCCAGUAACAGCUCUUCCGCCACCAAGUCUGAACUGUCCUCCGCAUCUUGCUACCAUCAGUCAUACCUCAGAAGAUGAGUGCUGUAAGAAGUGGUCCUGCAACACUGACAAUAGCAUACAGGAUAACCACGGAAUCAACGGGAUGUUGCCAAAUGGUCAUCCGUUCAACGGUUUCCAACACCCACAGGCACCUCAAGAUGAAAUUGUGGUUCACACUUUGGAAGCCAUAGAUUCACAUACCGUGAGAUUGGCCUUCAUGGUACCUAGGGUGAUCGUGGGUUUACAUGGAAGGGUCGAAGUUAGAUACACCCAUGAUAAAAACGCCAAUGAUCCCUCAACAUGGAUGCUGCAGGUAUUCGCUCCACCAAAUGACCUGAUUGCUACCGCAUCUCUAGAAUUUGACCUCUUAGAUCUUAAGCCAGAUACUGAAUACAAAGUCAAGAUUACAGUGACAUUGAGAGAUCUGCACACUACACCUUCCAGUAGGGUUUACAAGAUCAAGACACCAACAGAGAUCCAGAUAACCACUCUGCCUCCAAGUAUUCCUAUAGAACCAGACCUAUCUGUAGUGGAUGUCAAUUCUACUUGGGUUACAGUAAGCUGGAGGAAGUUCACGGAAUACGAACUUCAAUUUAUUGAUGGAGUACAACUAAGAUACAAGGAAAUUGAUGGCAAAAUAUAUGCUGCCACUCCUCUGAUCCACAGAGCUGUGACUUCGUAUACUUUGGAAAACUUGAAGCCCAACACAAAAUACGAACUGGGAAUUGACUUAAUACCGUUCGCAGGACAACUGACUGAACUUCACGCAAAGACCAUGGUGCAUUUCACGACAGCGAAUCAAGUGGACACGUAUGGCUUUAACGUUACUUUGGAGAUUACUCAAAUUAAGAGCCAAAGCGUCGAAAUAUCUUGGUCAGGCGUACCAUAUCCAGAGGACAAAUAUGUCAGUAUAUACAGAGCAAUAUAUCAGAGUGAUAGUGGAAAAGAGGACCACAGUACGUUCAAGAUCGCCAAGAGGGAUUCACCUUCUAAGACGAUCAUAAUGGAUUUGAAACCAGGUACUAGGUACAGGAUAUGGUUGGAAAUAUACCUCACAAAUGGUAAAGUGAAAACUAGCAACGUUCAGAACUUUGUCACGAAGCCGAGACUGGCGCCGCACAUAGGUUUAACGUCUACUACCCAAGAUAAACUAUCUAGAGCAGACGCGGGAUCAAGCAGCUCAAAAUCAGGGGACUAUUAUGCUCCCUUGGUGAUUGUAGCUAUCUUAGCGACUCUAGCUAUAUUCAGCACAUUAGUGCUGCUUAUGAUUUUGUUAAGGAGGCACAAUCAGAAUAAAGCUGCGAUCACACCACCUACAAAUGGAACUCGAGUCAGCCAGUCCGCGUAUGAUAAUCCUACUUAUAAAGUGGAAAUUCAACAAGAGACUAUAGGUUUAUGAGGACAAACGGUGGAUUCGAAAUCCUCAAGCAAAAUGAAAUAACUAAGGCUGACUUCACAUUAACGGAAAAAUAGUGUACAAUGUACAGAGCAAAUGGUCAAAUAUUAUAUUAAUGAGAUUUAUUCAUUUGUAUAAAAUUAAAUCAUUUGAGUUGUGGGUAACACGUUAAUCUUAGUAUGUUAGAAAGAGCGCUCCGAUGGAAACGCGGCAAGCCGCAACUGCGUCACUUGAGUUGCUAGGCAACGUGGUGCUUCUAUCUCUUUCUAACAUACGUAAUGGACGCUUCUCUCUCGUACACAUUACUACGUCCGUCGUAUAUGGAUUUCUCUAAAAUACAAAAGCCGGAGUUGACACUGUAUUUGGCGGGACAUUUAGCCAUCAAAGCCGAAUAUUAUUUCCUUUAAUAGCAAGGGCGGAUCCAGCCUUUGUGUUAGAGAGGGGAGUCACAGGAUUCAUGUGGAGGAAGGCGUUCGUCUCGGGAGGGAGGUUGCUGCGAUUGAAGUGCGAGGAGCUAUCCGUAGUGGUGGCAGAUAUUUCAGGAACUGUAAUUUAGUAACUAAUAUUUCUAAAUCACGACUGUUAUCAAAUACCGUAAAAAAGUGUGACUCGAUCACGACUUCGGGAACUUGGUUUCACGGCAACGGCGGAUCAUGGGGUCACGCCGUUCACGUUUGAAUGUGCAUGAGAUGCAUAUGGUCGAGAAUCGUAUAACGUAUACCACAGUAAGACUACUAUGGCCUGCAAUCAAUACCGUGUGUCUUAUAGGCUUUGGUAGUUGGCUCCAUGUGAUUUCAUCGCGGUAUUUUGCUCAGGAUAUCAGUGUAAUCAUCAUCGCAUCGACGUCGUGCUGACAUCAAAAGUUUAAGACACCGAUAUCAAAAAGUAACAGUACCAGUUAUCACAGUGAUAUUUAAAACUAACGAUAUCGGCCAUAUUUCUAGUUCUCUGCAAUUGAACAUUGAUGACCGUGAGGGUUGUGGGCUGCUGAAUCAGUGCUUUUGACAGUGAAUGUUCUUGUGAUCAUUAGAGAGCGAAGACGGGUUGGUAGCGGCGGCUGGUCGAAGUCGAUCCGACCUUGUCCCUCCGGCAGGACGGAUGGCUUUGCCUAAGGGACGUAGAGCGUAUAGAACAACAUUGAUGAUCUAUGAACACCGAAGCUCUGUCUACUCAUAUGCGGAUGUCGAAAGGAUCGACAACUGGCGAGCCAUUGCAUGAACACCAAUGUCAACACUCAUACGCAGUCUUCAGAUUCGAGUUGAUACACUGUUAUAGUAUCGAGCUACGUAACUGCCCGUGUGCCACACAUCAAGGAUAAAAUCGCGUGUAAGUGACGAUUUAACACUCAUGCAAUGGCUCGCCAGUCCCGAUGAGGUUACUCAUAGCUGUCUAUGAUUAUACACGCUUUAUCAUAGAAUAUACACAUAAAAAAUAGAAUAUUCUAAUAUUCGAACAUUGUGCUAUUAAUAAUUUGUCAUACUACGUAUGUAUUUAUUCAAAGAAUGAUGUUAGGUAGAUAUAUAUUUAUUGUUUUAUGGAAUUUUACACAUCACAUUAUACAAGUACAUCCAUUUUUUGUUUUCGUAAAGUGUGUCUAAUUUUUAUAUAUUAAUGAAUAUAAAUAACGCUGUUAUAUAUCAUAUAUUUUUGUUGUUUUUUUUUUAUACAUAUAAUGUGUAAGUAUAGUUAUUUUUGUAAAUAUAUACAGAUACACAUAGCAGCUCUAAACUACUCAAAGAGAUAUGCAGGGUUUCUAAAAUGACGAAGACAUUAGUAAUGAUUGUCUGAUUUUGCUAAAUUUGGGAUGUUUUGUAAACUAGAUAAAGGCAAACAUCACUGAAACUCAAAUUAUUUGUUGAAAACUUACAUUUUCUUUCUAGGAUAUACCGCCUAAAAGUUAUAUCACGUUAUGAAAUUAAGGAAUAAAAUUCUAUUGUUUGUCGAUACAUUUAAUUUUUUAAAACUACUAAUUCCUGCGUGUUUGGUCCAAGACGUCCUGUAUAGGUGUCUCUAUUUAUAAGUACAACUUAACCGUAUUCUUAAAGUAUUUUUAUAAUAUUUGUAAUAUACAC